GCUGCUCUUUCCUUUCCAGUUCAACUAUUACACAGGGCGGCAGUUGGAAAGCGGGCAGGCGGGAGAGCUCAGCUGUGCAAAUCCUCUCCAAAGGGCACCAGCUCCACAUUCUGAAUGGAUUGGCAGUUACAUUAAUAGAUUACACCAAGGAUUUGCAUUUCCAGAAAGGAGAGGACAACAUCUGUAUAUAUCCUGCUCGAACCUCCCUGCUGCUAUCGAGGAGCGGCUGGCGGAAGCAGGGCUUUGCGCUGGUUUCUGAAAGUGCCUUGAGACUGAGGUUCAGUCCUAGAGACUAAUGCAAGAACUCUCUGUAACAAGUACAGGAUUUUUCCCCAGAAGACAGUUAAAAUAAUCCUUCACCAUGGAAGAUUGGGAUGUUCCACAGUUCAAGAAAGAAGUGGAUAGCCUGAAGUAUCAGUUGUCCUACAAGAGGGAAAUGUCUUCCAAAACAAUCCCUGAUUUUGUGAAGUGGAUAGAAGAAGGAGUUCCAAACGACCCAUUCCUCAACCCAGAGCUAAUGAAGAACAACCCAUGGGUAGAGAAAGGCAAAUGUGCUAUACUUUGA